AACAACUCAGAUUUAGAGUUUAUACCAGCAAAAAAACUAUUCGAGGCUCGAAGUUCUUUGAUUUGAUGCUGAAAUUUCCAUCAUUUGUCGUUCUCUGCUGCCCAGCUCGUAGCGUCAACCAUAAGGUCUUCACUCCUCCCCUGGUUGCUGGCACACCCUUCCGCACCCUCCAAAAACUAGCCCUUUCGUUGUCUCACCUUCGUCGGACUCUGCUUCCCCAGAAUGAAAGAAGAAAAUAGUCGAAGGAGACAACGGCGGGAUUGGGAUUAUGGUUCGAAACCCUAGCUCUAGAACAUGAAUCUUUGAUGCAUAAAACAGCAAGAAGAUGCAGUGAUCGAGUAGGAACCCAAAGAGCGAUGGUCUUGAGAACUACCCCCGGCGAGAAACUUGUGACGAAACUUGUGACGAGAUGGUACAGAAACGAAGCCAAAUUCAUAGUCCAACCAUUAGUGUUUUCAAGGCAACAUGGCCGGCUUCGUCAGUCUUCUCGAAGUCUGCAAGAGCGGGAACCCACAACUCGCCAUUGUCUGUGCAUCUUCAAGCUCCGUCUACGUCUUGAACUCCAAAGUUCCCUUUUCUGAAUAGGACCGAACAGAUCUGCCGAUGAGCUUCUAUGCCGCCACCAAGAAAGCUGGUGAGGCAAUCGCCCACCCCAUCGUCUCAACUAUCAUAUCCCUCACGGCGUCUCCUGGACUUUAUUCUAAGGCCCAUUAGAAUCCUCUUGCGUAGUUUCUAACUUCCUAUUUUUUUAAUGUUAUUGACUACAUUACAAUACAUUAUACGGAGUACUUUUUUCUCAGAUUUUAUAUAGCCUUCUACUCUCCUGUAUCACCUCUUGACAAGUAACUCCUAAAGAUGAUCUUAGGCUCAAUCUCCGCCUAAAAUAUACUAAGAAAUCUCCACAUGGUGCAAUAUUUGUUAAACAAAACCUCCCAAAGGUUCUUGACGGGCUAGCAGCUCGGAUAACAACCGCGGUUCAAGGCUAUCAUCCUACAUCAAAACUAUUUGGGGAGUGUUGUUUGCAGGUCCCAGUGGGCGUGGUUGAAGCCAUGACAGUGUUAAAACAUCCAUUGGCCAGUUUCAAACACCUAAAGGUUGCUUUGUUGUGAGUUUUCAGUUCCUUAAGGCUUGGGUGCUAUUUUAUGGUCAUAUUUAAGCUGAAAGUUGAGAUAUAUGCAUUGUUUACAGCUGAUUUUUGGAUACUAAUGAAAAGUUCCGCAUUUUGAAAAGUUAUUUUUGGACUUGUAAGCUGAUUUUUUGAGUGCAAAAUGCAAAUUUUACACUUUUUACAGCUUAUAGGUGCUGAAAUAGAAAAAAAUCUGCAAUCUUUUCUUGGUGUUCAAUCUGAUUUUGAGUUCAUCAGAUGCAUCUAAGCUGCAAUAUGAUGUUAUUAGAUGUAUAUGAGCUGCUUUGCAUGUGCUUGAUAUGACUUUACCUUCUCAUAUGCCGCAUUUUGUUUUGAAAAGUGCAAAAAGGCACAAGAAUUUGUUUCCAGAACUUGAUUUGAGGCUUAAAAUCUGCUUCUUUAAAUCUGAUUUUUAUCUCUUCAAAGCUAAAGACUUGGUCUUAGUCAUGUUUUUGCAGAUUUUGGGUCCACCGAACACAUCAAGGAGAGGAAAACGAUAAACUGAUGCUGCGUAUACUUUUUUGUUGAAUUCCCCAAUCUCCUUCUCUCUUUGCUAAGCUUGUUUUAUAUUGCCAUUUGCAUACCAUAUAGAUGCAUUGGGGACUAUGCACAUUUUAAGUGUGGGGGGAGUUGCUUAUGCUUGUGUCAUUGCUUAAAAAGACUUUUGGGGCAAAAAAAAUUUCAAAAAAAUAGGUUUUGGGUCCAAAUAUUUUCAUUCUUAGUUGCAUAUCUUCUUAUUUAGAGCAUUGUUUUCAAAAAUUGACCCAAAAACCUCAUUGUUUUCCUUGGGGCUUUAUUCUGAAAGAUAGCAAGUGUAUAUUUUAUAAACCCGCAUUGAGUCUUAUGCUCUUUUCUUGGUAAAAAAAAUGACCUUAAAAUGUUUGAAAUCCUUCUAGGAAUCCCAUAGAAUUUUGUUUUCUAGAACUGGCCAUCCACAUACUACCUAGAUGAUGCCUUAUCAACCAUUGCUUGAUAUUAAAAUCUGGGAAAGAAACCAGUUUUAGUAGCCCUUUUAUUUUUAGAAAAGCGUGUGAUUUUAAUAUUCUUAGGCUUAUUGAUGAACCUUGCUAUCGCUGCUAUUGAGCCGUUCUAAACCAUAGGAUUUCGCUAGGAAUCUUUUUUGUAGCAGCUUUAGAGCAUUUGUUAGAACCCAAAAAAAAUCCACACCUGAGUUUUCCAUCCUUGUAGGAUUUCUAGCUCACUUUGUUUUUAAAAUGUGAAUGAGCAUAAAAUCUUAAGUGUGGGGGUUUAAGGUUCACUUUGUUUUUUCUUGAUGAUGAUAAAAACAAAUAAUGUACUCUUUUUGGUCUUUUGAACGAGAACGUUCAAGUCUUAAGUGUGGGAGUAUUUGAUAAGUCGUUUUUGGGUUAGUUCUUUUUAUUCUUUUUUAGGUAUUUUUAAUAAUUUUAGUAUUUAAUUUUUAGUUGUUUAGCUUAGUUUUAUUUUAAUUAUUAUUUUUUACAAUCUUAUUAUUUUCUUUCAAAAAUAGUAGCUUUUUAAUCAUUUUUUUAACAUUUUAUUAUUGUCUUCAUUUUUAUUUUAUUUUUCCUAACCCACAAUUAUCAGAUAUCUUAUUUUUUGGAGAAAAGUAUAACAAAAGGCCAAAGUGCAGCUCAAGUUUGGAAAGAAGAGAAAGAUUUUGGAUCAGAGCCCAAACCCAACAUUAAAGAAUCAGCCCAAAACCUUACCUCCCUCCACUUUACUUUUACUUUCACGCAAGGAAAAAAAAAAGAAGUCAAAGAGCAGAGGUUCUUCCUCUUCGUAGAUUGCAGAGCGCAUAACUCCUCCAACGUUCGGCUCCAUCAAAUUCGCGACAUUCAAUUCUCAACGGGAAGUAAUUCAACGGUAAAUUACUCCUUCUUGCUAUAAAUUAGAGCAACAUCAACACAUUUGAAGAAGGGGGGGAAAUAUCACGCAGAGAGCCGCGGCAACUGAGAUUGAAGCCGCGCACCAGAGGAGGAAGCAGACGGCGGCGGACCACUGCUCGCCGGCGGACGACGAUGGUGGGGAGCAACCUUUCUUCGAGCUCCAAUCCCUUAAUUUCUUCAUCUUCUUCAACAAAGUGGUAACCCUAGCUUGUUUCUCCAAUUUUGUUCUCCAAUUCUUUGUAAAGUGUUGUUUUUAGUUUAAUUUUUACAUUUUUGUUUAUUUGUUUGUGUUAAUUUCAUAAAUUCCAAAAUGGUUG